ACCAGUAAUCAUCAGUGUGGCGGCGAUAAUAAUUAAAAGGAAAAUGUAUUUCAGAGUUCAUGAUACCUAUUUAUUACAAAAUUAGUUAAUUAUUUGUAACUAAUAUUAUCCAGUAGAACUUUUAAUGGUAUCUAACUUCUGAAUUGAAAACCUGUUUCAUUAAUAUCUGUUGUAACUGGGGGAAGAAACCCACGUGCUGGAUGAAUUAUGUUUGAGGUUACAAGGUUGAAAAAUACAGAACUUGUGGGGUUCGCCCACCCCGAAGAAAUAAGCGAUAAUGACGAAGAAAAUGAAAUUACAAAUAUCAAAAAGAAAGUAUGUAAAAAAUCAGGAGGGUUUCAGUCUAUGGCUCUUAGUUUUCCUGUCUUAAAGGGAAUAUUGAAACGUGGGUAUAAGUUACCCACACCUAUACAGAGAAAAACAAUUCCUUUAGCCUUAGAAGGUCGUGAUGUAGUUGCAAUGGCUAGAACAGGUAGUGGAAAAACAGCUUGUUUUUUAAUUCCAUUGUUUGAGAAACUUAAGGCAAGACAAGCAAAAGCUGGUGCCAGAGCUUUGAUACUAUCACCUACUCGUGAGCUAGCAUUACAAACACUAAAGUUCAUAAAGGAAUUAGGAAAAUUUACAGGCCUAAAAGCAUCUGUUAUUUUGGGGGGUGAUAGUAUGGAAAAUCAGUUUAGUGUGAUUCAUGGAAGUCCUGAUAUAUUAGUAGCAACACCAGGCAGAUUUUUGCACAUAUGUAUAGAGAUGGAUUUACAAUUGAACAGCAUUGAAUAUGUUGUUUUUGAUGAAGCUGAUAGAUUAUUUGAAAUGGGUUUUGGUGAGCAAAUUAAUGAAAUUGCAAAUAGACUGCCAGAGUCACGGCAGACAUUGUUAUUUUCUGCAACAUUACCUAAAAUUCUGGUAGAUUUUGCGAAAGCUGGUUUAACAGAUCCUGUUCUAUUACGUUUAGAUGUAGAAAGUAAAAUACCAGAAGAAUUAAUACUUUCAUUUAUAGUAUGCCGUCCAGAAGAGAAAUUGGCAGUACUAUUAUGUUUAUUAAAAACUGUUAUUAAAAGUGAUUCUCAGACAGUAAUAUUUGCAGCAACACAACACCAUGUUGAAUACAUUCAUCAGAUAUUGGAUAAAGCUGGGAUUUCUAAUACAUUUAUUUAUUCAAAUUUGGACCCAUCAGCACGAAAAAUAAAUGCAGCUAAGUUUCAAACUUCUAAAGUUAAAGUUUUAAUAGUAACAGACGUUGCUGCUCGAGGUCUAGAUAUUCCACAUUUGGACAAUGUAAUAAAUUUUAAUUUCCCUGCAAAAUCGAAACUUUUUGUACAUAGAGUAGGACGUUGUGCGCGAGCGGGUCGAAUUGGAACUGCUUACAAUAUUGUAGGCCCGGAUGAAUAUGCUUACCUCAUAGAUUUACAUCUUUUUCUCGGUCGAUCGUUACGUAUUAUUCCACCUUCAGGAUCUAUAGAAAAUGCAGAGGGUGCUGUUGGCAAAAUGCCACAAUCAAUGAUAGAGGAAGAACUUGCUGAAUUAAUAAAUUGGCAAAAAAAUUCCACAGAUCUCCAAAGUAUGGAACAGGUUUGUGAUAAUGCAUAUAAACAAUAUAUCAGAUCGCGACCAGCAGCAUCUUCAGAAAGUAUUAAAAGGGUAAAAGAGUUGCACAUUGGUGAAGCAGGUGUUAUACCAGAAUAUUCUGAUGUUUCUUCCAAUACUACGAAUUUAUUGUCGAAAAUAAUGAGUUACAAGCCACAAGGAACGAUAUUUGAAAUUGGAGCGAAAGCAUCCUCUAUUGACUAUCAAAUUAUGAAAACAAAACGGUCACAACAUAAACAAGAUAUCAUAAAUUUUCAUAAAAAAACAGAAGAAAUGCAAGCAAAAAGGGUUUUAGAGGAUCAACCUAAAAGGACGAAUCUUCCUUCGAGUACAACUGACGAGAUCAAUGCAGCAUUUAACACAGUGAUUUUUCCAAAGAAAAGAAAUAUUGAUGAUUUAUACAGACCCUCUAAAAAGAAAAAACAAUCAGUAACGCAGGACAAAGAGUUUUUCAUUCCAUAUUUCGCUCCAGAUAAACACACAGAAGAAGGUUUGGCUGUUAAUUUUUUCGAUACGGAAGCAAAUAAAGCACAAUUGGAUCUAACUGCAGACAAUGAAGAAUCUCAGCGCCUUCAAGCACAGAUUAAAAAAUGGGAUCGUAAAAAGAAGAAGAUGGUUACCAUUAAUAAUGAUCGGAAAGCUAACAAAUUUCGAACAGAGUCUGGUGUUUGGAUACCUGCUAGUUAUAAAACAAAUCGUUAUUCGGCUUGGAAAGAAAAAAGCAAAAUCGACGCCACGAAUGACUACGAUAGCGAAGAAGAGCCUUCAGAAAUGCAGAAACUACGUACAACGGCUAACACACAUUGGGCACGUCACAAUCAAAAGCUCAAGGAAAAGAUUAAAACAAAGAACGAACUGAGAACACCAGAACAAAUUCUAAAGGCGCGCAAGUUACUGGAACGAAAACGUAAUAGAAAUGGCAGGAAAGGUCGCUCAGGCCGGAAGAAGAGUGGGAAAAAGAAACGAUAGCAUAUGAUUCCUUUGUACUGUCUAUAAAUGUACAAUGAUAAAUACAUUUUGCAAUAUAUAUAAUAUUUAUUUUUAACAUCGAUUCUGUUUUUU